AAUAGCGAAGCACUUCUGUUUGCAUGCAGUGCUCAUCAUGUUUGGAUCCGCGCUGCUCGGGCUGAUAAUGAUGCCCCUGGUUUGGGGUCAGCCGUACCCCAUCCCGCCAACCUGCUACAGUAAAGUGCUGGCCAUGGGCAGAGAGAUCACUCAGAGGGCAGCGGAGAUCAAGAGAGACUACGACACAAGGAGCUGUACUGAACACUUUCCUGAUCUGUAUAUUGACAUGCAUAAUGCGUGUGUGAUGUCCACUAUGAGAACGUAUCUGUCCAUGCUGAGCGGCCUGAGGGAGAGACGCUGCGGCUACACCAGAAAAGUGCAGUCGCUGAGGGCCAUGGUCAGUCAGCUGCACAUCAUCACGGGGCAGAAGUGUCACGGGGAGCUGGUGUUCACCUACGAUGACUGUGCUGUACUGGCGAGCAGGAGCGGCUGAGAGGAGCCGGACUGAGGAUCCGUGCGAGACACUCAGUAACAUGCAGUAUAUCAGCGAGUGGGACUGUUAUCAGCACUAAGCUUUCCCCGUGUACGUCUUUCCUAAAGGCCCAUAAUAUUGCUGCUUAGUCUGAAUUGUGCAAAUGCUUGCCGGGCAUUCUGACAGUAAAAGGCCUUCUAUCAGCUUUUCAUUAUGCAUGCUGUGUUUACACUUUUUGUGAAGCAUCUGAAGCUAUAAUCCUAUGUAAAAUGGUAUUAUUAUUAUUAUUAUUAUUAUUAUUCCUACAUAGUUCAAUCCAUGUCUAUGAUCAGAUGCCCUUGCUCCUUUUUUUUAGAGCAUUACUGUUUCAUAAUAUCAUUUAACAUAUAUCACAGUGGCUCUUCUUCUUUUGCUCUAUUAAAUAUCAUUUAAUCA